CUCUACACCCAUUAAAUUCAUCUCAAGACGCACAAACAAGCCGAGGAACAUUAUAUCACCUCUACCGGUAUUGCCAUUCAUUAUCCUUAUCAUUGUCAUCAUCGCCAUCAUAGUCCCAAUCAUCACCAUGAAACCCGCCUCGUCCACCCCAACAGCCCUCGUCAUCAUCGACGUCCAACAAGCCUUCAAGCACAAAACCCACUGGGGCGCAUCCCGCAGCACCAUCAACUUCGAAACCAACGUCGCCUCCCUCCUUCAGGCCGCGCGGUCUUACAACACCAAAGUGCAAAGCAGCCAAGCCGCAGACCAGCGACGCCACCCGAUUCUCAUCGUCCACGUGCACCACCACUCUCUCAUCACCACCUCGCCUCUGCACCCGUCCUACAUCCUCUCCUCAUCGACGGGGACGGGGACGACGCGAGGGGUGGAGCCAACAGAGUACGCAGCGCCGGCGCCCGGCGAGCUGGUGCUGACCAAAUGCGUCAACUCGGCCUUCGUGGGGACCGAUCUCGAGGCGCGACUGCGGGCUUUCGGCGCCCGGCAGUUGAUUGCCGUCGGGCUCACUUCGGAUCACUGCGUCAACACGACAGUUCGCAUGGCUGCCAACCUGCAGGUCUUAGGUGACGACGGCGGUUCGGAUGGUACCGGGGAGGGGAACAACGGGGUUGUUAUUGUCCGGGAUGCUACGGCUACUUUUGCGAAGCCUGGGUUUGAGGCGGAGGUUGUGCAUGCUGUGCAUUUGGCUAGUUUGGAGGGGGAGUUUGCUGCGGUAAAGACGGCUGGAGAGGUUAUAGGCGAGGUUAUGCGCUGAAGCUUUCUCGUGACGAUAGAGUCGGGAUUUCUAUGUCUCUUCGCGCUCCUUCCACGGAU